UCGGAGUUCGACGUUCGUCACACUGAAAAUUCCCACUACUGCUUGACCUCAGUCUCCAAAGAAAAUGUGGAGAAGACGCUUCAGUAGCAGCGCCAGCGCCAGACGCGGGCUGGCGGAGCGUAAAUGGGAGGCGCUGGUCGUCGGCGGGGGCCACAACGGCCUUACCGCUGCCGCGUACCUCGCACGCGCCGGCCUCUCCGUCGCCGUCCUCGAACGCCGCCACGUCAUCGGCGGUGCCGCCGUCACCGAGGAGCUCGUUCCUGGAUUCAAGUUCUCUCGCUGCAGUUACCUCCAAAGCCUCCUCCGACCUUCCAUCGUCGGAGAAUUGGAAUUGGUGAGACAUGGUCUUAAGUUGUUGAAACCUAUCGCUUCGUCAUUUACGCCUUGUCGCGACGGGCGUUAUCUUCUCUUGGGGCUUAAUGAUGAAAAUGAUCACUUGGAGAUAUCCAAAUUCUCUAAACUGGAUGCAGAUACUUAUCCGAGAUAUGAAAGUCAACUUCAUAAAUUUUGUGAAUUCAUGGAUUUCCUUUUGGAUUCAUCUCCCCCUGAAACUUUGCAUGGGGAUUCAUCUUUAAAGAAUCAGCUGAAAGGCAAAUGGCAGAAUUCAGUAUUUUGGGCUAGCUUUUUGAAGCACGCUCUCUCCCUAGGCCAGAAAGAUGUGGUGGAAUUUCUAGGCGUUUUGUUGUCCCCAACAUCGAAGAUUCUGAACAACUGGUUUGAGUCUGAUGUGCUGAAGGGAACACUAGCAGCAGAUGCUAUCAUUGGAAGUAUGGUAAGCAUUCAUACAUCUGGAAGUGGAUAUGUUCUGCUGCAUCAUGUGAUGGGUGAAACUGAUGGUGCUCGCAAUAUUUGGUCGCAUGUUGAAGGUGGCAUGGGUUCUGUAUCCCUAGCCAUAAGUAAUGCUGCUAAAGAAGCUGGGGUGCAUAUUGUUACAGAUGCUGAAGUUUCAGAACUGAUGAUUGACGAUUCUGGCACUGUUGAUGGGGUAUUGUUGGCUGAUGGGAUGCAAGUGCAUUCUAAAGUUGUUUUAUCCAAUGCUACUCCGUACAAAACUUUCAUGGAUUUGGUUCCCAAUGGUGUUCUUCCGGAUGAUUUUCUUUGUGCCAUUAAGAGCUCGAACUACAGUUCUGGAACCACAAAACUAAAUGUCGCUGUUGACAGACUGCCGCAGUUUCAGUGUUGCAGAAUGGGUCAACCAAAGGUGGGUCCUCAGCAUACCGCUACCAUUCGUAUAGGUUGUGAAAGUAUGGAGGACAUUGAUUCAGCUUGUCAAGAUGCUUGGAACGGGGUAACAUCACGGAGACCUGUUAUGGAGAUGACAAUUCCUUCGUCAUUGGACAAUACUAUAUCUCCACCUGGUAAGCAUGUGGUCGGCUUGUUUACACAAUACACACCAUUUAAACCCUCAGAUGGAAGCUGGGAAGAUCCUGAAUACAGGGAUUCAUUUGCACGUAGAUGUUUUACUACAAUUGACGAAUAUGCCCCUGGCUUCAGCUCAUCAGUUAUCGGCUAUGACAUGUUAACGCCACCGGAUCUUGAAAGAGAAUUUGGUUUGACAGGGGGUAAUAUUUUUCAUGGUGCUAUGAGUUUGGAUUCACUUUUCUUGCUGCGACCUGUCAAAGGAUGGUCAGACUAUAGGACGCCAGUAAAGGGGUUGUACGUGUGUGGAAGCGGAUCACAUCCUGGUGGUGGCGUCAUGGGUGCACCUGGUCGCAAUGCUGCAUUUGUUGUUCUUCAGGAUCUUAACAAGCCCUGACGAUAGCUCUACAAGAAAUUAUGCGAACAAAAUAAAAAAUCUAUUAUAUCUGUCUUCCUCCUUUUUUCUCUCUCAAUCUUUUGCUAAUGGAUUUGCGUAGGAGCCAAUCGGAAAUGGAACAGAUAGCAAUCCGAGAGGGUAAUUGGAGAAGAAACACUAAUCCAAGAAAUCUAACAAAACAAGAGAAGAAAAUAAGGAGCUCUAAGCUUAAUUUCAUUCACCAAAGUCCCCAGCUAUCUCAGCAGCCUCUACAAUCAGCCCUUAUACCUCGAGGAGCGUCCACUAGGGCAGACACUCGACCCAAGGGUACCUGGGGAAUGUAGCAUUAGAUGACAUAGGAAAUUAAGCUAUCAACACAAACGACAGUAAACAUAGCAAAACGACAGCGCCAAUGGGCUUAUUACAAACGACGCAAUACAUAAAAGAUAGAUAAUUCCCCUGCAUCAUGGUUCUUAGUGCUGGAACUUUAGACGGGUCGUCCGCGACCGCCCAAAAAAAGCGAUUGUGAGCCUGAUGCUUGAGCCCGCCCGCUUGAAUUGUUUGGGUUGAUCGCCCGAGCUCGAGAAGGCCCAUAGAUGGGCGUGGGCCUAGUUUUGGCUGCCCGAGCCCGCCCGAAU